CAUGCUUGGUCAUGCUGAUUCCACAUCGCAGAACAAGGUUCCGAUUCCUCCCUCCCCUGCCGCCCAGCAGCUUCAUGUUCCUUACCACGCAAAUGCACAAAGUUGCUUUCUUUUCUUCAAAGGGCACUUGACUCGGACGGAAGAGUAGAGCAGAGGUGACGUCGGGUUUUUCACUCGAGGAAAAGGUCCAAAGUUAGCUUUCUGUCUGUCCAUGGAUUCCACCAUCGAGGGCACGCCUAGGUAUUACGGGCUCUGCGCCAUUGGAGGAAUGCUCAGUGCCGGCACUACCCAUCUCGCCAUCACUCCUUUUGACGUCCUAAAAGUCAAUAUGCAGGUGCACCCAAUUAAAUAUUACAGCAUUUCCUCGUGCUUUACUACCAUAUUAAGAGAACAAGGGCCUUCUGCCCUCUGGAGAGGUUGGGGCGGCAAGUUCUUUGGAUAUGGGGCUCAGGGGGGUUGCAGAUUUGGUCUGUAUGAAUAUUUCAAGGGACUUUAUUCCAAUAUAAUGGGAGACUGUAAUAGGAGUGUGAUUUACUUUGUUAGUAGCGCGUCUGCUGAAGUAUUUGCCAAUAUCGCUCUAUGCCCAUUUGAAGCUGUCAAAGUGAGAGUGCAGGCACAGCCCUGUUUCGCUAAGGGGCUGUUUGAUGGCUUUCCAAAGUUGUAUGCAUCAGAAGGCACACAAGGAUUCUACCGUGGGCUUAUUCCACUUUGGGGCCGAAACCUUCCGUUUUCUGUGGUUAUGUUCUCAACAUUCGAGCAUUCUGUUGAUUUAUUGUAUCGCAAAGUUGUUAAGAAAAGAAAGGAAGAUUGCUCAAUAACUCAACAACUUGGGGUGACGUGUUUAGCUGGAUAUGCUGCUGGGUCUGUUGGUAGCUUGAUUUCGAACCCUGCAGACAAUAUUGUAGCUUCUCUUUAUAACAGAAAGGCUGAUAGUCUUAUGCUGGCUAUCAGGAAAAUUGGUCUAACCAAUCUAUUUACGAGGAGCCUUCCUAUUAGAAUCCUUCUGGUUGGCCCUUCUAUAACUAUGCAAUGGUUGUUUUAUGACACAAUUAAAGUUAUAGGUGGACUGCCAACUAGUGGUGAAGUUGUGACUGACUCGGGAAGAAACGAGGUGGGCUAGGUUCCCGUAAAGGGAAUGACCUAGUCGCCUCUUUCUGUUGACCGCGCCUGAUUGCUAGUCAAUUUAUAGAGUAUACAAGAUUAUUUUGUCCAUCAUCAUCCAAGCCUUCUUGGAUUCGUCAUUGUAACAGACUAUAUUUGAAGGUAUUUAAAUUACCUUGGACAAGAAUGGGGAGGGCAUAGUAGUAUGCGUCCCACAUUUGCAGUUCAAGAGCUAUCAUUUCUGCAUAUCCUAUAAAUUUGUAGCGGAAGAAUGUAAUGGGAAGCUUCAGCAGCAGUGCUCGAGGUGCCAGUUUUUCUGUUCCCCUGGCAUUUAUGGCAUGUUUAAAGAAACUGUUUGUGCAGGCUCUUGAUCUGAUAAGGAGAUGGUUUUUAAUUAUAUUUUGGUUUUCCUGGUGCCUAGGACGCUAGUUGGUAUGAGUAGCACAAUUGUCUUCAUUAUCUGCAUGGUGUCAUGGUCGGGUAAUGCUCUCCAUAGUUCCAGAACCGACUCUCAAACUACAACUGAGAGAAGGAACUAAAAAUAAUGAAUUAUUGAUAGAUAUGUGUGGCGGCAUUUAGAUGAAUUAUUGAGGGUGAAAGGAAGGGAGGCGUCACGAGAGGCUGAUUCUGGUGGCUGUGAAAGGGUUGGCCUUGGCCCCAUCAUUUAUGAAUGAAGGGCGUGGUGCCAGACACAGCCCCAGAAGGAGGGAUGCCCACAAAUUGAAGCCCUUCCAACGUGACUGGUUCCUUAUCCCCCAACUCUGCUCAUCAAAUGUCAUCUUCAUCUUCACAUGUCACAAGAUCUCAUGCGUCCCUCCCCACUUUUGCUUCAUCCUACAUCUUCAUUAAUUAUACAUCUUUUAUUGCCCCA